AUGCAUAGAAUGGCCGACGAACUCAAAACCUCAAGAAGGCGCGAACACCGGUGGAAACUGAUCCUCUGGAGUCCAAAAAACACCAAGGAGAAGAAAAGGAAGGAGAAUCGAAAGAAACAAGAUGGCCAAAGGAAGAAUCACGACACCAUUGGCGCGCACCGAAAGAUCUCCGAAUCCACACGUUCAAAUCGCCUCAAACUUCACAAGGAGCCACAAAACAUAAGGUUGGUCGAUGAAACUUCAUUUCAGUACAAUGAAUUCCUUACAAUUCAAGAGAUGGCCGAUGGAGUGAAAUUUGGCCGAUCGCGAGCAAGUAAAAUGGCCGACAAUCCAAAUCACGGCAUUUACCGCGGCCACCGGCUCAAAUCACCUCCAUCAAGCAUCCACAUCGCAUCUAAAGAAGAAAAUCCGGAUUGGAACGAGCACAAUUGGAGUACGACCGCAUAUUCAUGCCUUCCCGACGUCCAAAAGUCAUGA